AGAAAGGUCAGUUCCCAACGACCGUUUCGCCUCGAGUGGCUCAUCAUCGCCACAGCGCGCUUCUGUCGCGCACAGACGGAGCGAACAGAGAAGCUGCUGCUGUGUUCAGAAAAUGGCCGACAGAUUUUCUAGGUUCAACGAAGAACGUGAUUUCCAGGGUGGAAAUCACUUUGACCAGUAUGAAGAGGGCCAGUUGGAGCUGGAACAGGCGUCUCUGGACAAGCCCAUCGAAUCGGAUAACAUCGGGCACCGGUUGCUUCAGAAACAUGGCUGGAAGUUGGGACAAGGCCUUGGCAAAACCAUGCAGGGACGCACUGACCCUGUGCCCAUCAUCCUCAAAUACGAUGUCAUGGGGAUGGGACGGAUGGAGAUGGAGCUGGAUUAUGCAGAGGAUGCCACAGAGAAGAGAAGAGUGCUCGAAGUGGAGAAGGAGGACACAGAAGAACUGCGGCAAAAAUACAAGGACCAGAUGGAAAAGGAGAAAGCUAUUGCAAAGGCUCUGGAAGACCUGAGAGCCAAUUUCUACUGUGAGCUAUGUGACAAACAGUACACCAAACACCAGGAAUUUGACAACCACAUUAACUCAUAUGACCACGCUCACAAGCAGAGGCUUAAAGAGCUGAAGCAGAGAGAGUUUGCUCGUAACGUGUCAUCACGUUCCCGGAAAGAUGGAAAGAAGCAAGAAAAGAUGCUGCGCAGACUGCAUGAGCUGGCUGAGCAGAGGAAACAACAGGACCGUACUCCAGGAAGUGGGCCCAUGUUCAAAACUACCACAGUGGCUGUGGAUGGAGAGAAAUCCGAAGAUGGUGACAGCAUGAUGCUUGAGAACACUACUUUGGCAGACGGUGCCAUGGAAGGAUCCCCAUCAGAUAAAACGGGGCAGGCCUCCCCAAAGCCAGGCCCAGCUAUCAGCUUCUCUCUGGGGAAGAACACCUCCUCCUCCCCAACUCCCAGUGGUGCAUCCAAAGUCAGUGUGUCCUUCUCUUUUGCCAAGAAAGCCCCAGUAAAGCUGGAGACGGCAGCAGCUGUGUUUGCCGAUCAUGGAGAGGAGGCUAUGGAGGAAGAGGAGGGGCAGGAGGGAGAAAAAGCCGCCGGGCAAGAGGAGACAUCUGGCUGCAGCACAGACAGCCCCAAAGGAGGUGAAGGAGGAGAGGUCACUAGUGUGGCAGGGACCGAAGACGUGCAGCAGCCUGAUGACGGAGGCUCUCUCGCCUCAACUCUAAACAAACUGAAGAUGAUGAUGAAAAAAGAGGAAGGAUAUGGUGGACAGGAGCCACAGUACUAUCACUACGUACCUCCAGCUCACUGCCGGGUUAAGCCCCACUUCCAGUUUUUGCUGUUUAUGAAGGCCACUGAUCAGUGUCAGAGCAAAGAAGAUGAAGAUGAGGAAGAGGCCCAGGAAGAGAAAGAAGUCGAAGAUAGUUCUAAACAGACAGAGCCCGCAGACUGCAAGCCUGAAAAAGAACACUGUAAUGUUGUUUCAACCCCUGACCCAGAGCCAACUCCUCCGUCACCGAAAGUGAAGACAGAGGAUGUUCCUUCAUGUGCAGCAGAUGCAGCUUCCAUUGUACCUACUUCUCCUACACAAAAAGCUGAGAGCGCACAAGAUACUGUGGAUUCCAACUCGGGUCCCAAAAUCCCCACAGGUCCUUUUUUCCCAGUUCUGAGCAAAGAUGAGAGCACUACCUUGCAGUGGCCCUCUGAGCUCCUUGAAUUUACAAAAGCUCAGCCUUCUCUGUCUUACAGCUGUAAUCCCCUCUACUUUGACUUCAAGCUGUCCCGCAACAAAGGAGUACGUGGAGGGAAAACGGCAAAGUCCCCAAAGCCUUGUGAAGAGUCUGAUGACAAGAGACAAGAGACGGUUGCUUCAGCAGCUGAAGUAGACACAACUACUAAACCUGGGACCAGUGCUGACAAAGACAAGCCGAUGAUGAAGGGAGAGGGCCAAUCAGAAGGUGGUGAGCAAAAGCCUGCAACUAGCAGCAGUAGUUCAAAGAAAAAAAAGAAAAAGAAAAAGCAUAAGAAGUCUGCCAAGCACUCAAAGCGCAAAGGAAAAGAAAAAGCAGCUAAAGAGGAUGCAGAGGGAGAGACUGAGGUACCUCAAGAGAAGCCCAAAAAGAAGAAAAAACACAAACGAAAGAAGAGCAAAAACAAAGCUCCAGAUCAAGAUGAGGCAACAGGUGACGAAAAGGAAAAGGCAAAACCAAAGUCAGAGGAUAAAACUGUUCCUUCUUCUGUUCACUUGUCAAGUGGAGGAGGAGGGGCUACAGGAAAUACAGGAGCAGAACUGGGAAAGAGGAAACGUGCUACCAAGGAAGUGCCUUUGAAGUCUGGAGCAGAGGAAGGAGGAGCUGGAAAAGGCACUGACAAGGCCAGCUCCUCAGAGGAAUACAGCAGCACCAAGCGACAAAAGACUGACUCCAGUGCACCUCAAAGUGCCUCUUGCUCCACCUCAGCCCAAAAGAGCCCUGGUCCUGGUAGACCUCCCAGCAGCGAGAGUGAAGAAGAAGGGGGUUCUAAGGCUCAACGAUCACGCCAUCAUAGGUCCAGUCCUCGGGAACAACGCCGCCACCAUAGUGAAGAAUCAGGGAGGUCCUGCAGCCGUUCUUCAAGACGAGGGGAAAGACGGGGCAGCAGUCGUCGGCACCAUCGUGGCCAAACCUCCCGUAGUCACUCAUACUCCAGCAGCUCUGAACGCUCCUCAGCAGGCAGCAGCGCCUACAGCCACCGUAGCCGCAGCUACUCAGACAGUUACAGUGACUACAGCACAGAGGGUCGCAGAAGAAGGCAUUCCAAACGUUCAUCAGACUCUGAGUAUGAGCGGAGAGGAAGCCGAGGACGUAGACGAUCCAGGAGACAUCAGUACUCCUCUUCCUCCUCUGAGGACUCCCGUUCACGGUCACGCAGCUACAGCCGCAGGAAAAGGCACCGGCGGCACCAUAGGAGCAGUUCAAGAAGCUCUAGUAGCUGGAGCCGCAGCCGCAGCACCAGUGCAAGAUCCUGGAGACGGAGCUACAGCCGAAGCCACAGUUCAGCCAGCCGUUCGUCGAGUUCCACCAAAGGCUCUCCUCGCCGACGGGGCCCCAGAAGUCGAGGAGACAGUGACACACAUCGCAGAGACUUCAACCGCUCUCGCAUCUACCGCUCCCAGUCUCCACGUUCAUCUUCAUCACGAGGCCUUAACCGCAACACCCAUUCAUCCAGUUCACAGGCUCUGAGGCCAGGGGGGUCCCGAGAUGCAGGGGAACAGAAAAACACCCUUACUGCACGACAGUUGCUGGAGAAGGUUCAGUCCAAAAAGAGCUCUGAUGAUUCUGCCACAGGAACAAAAUCUGGGAUUAAGAUUAAAGACCCACCACAGGGUUACUUUGGUCCCAAACUACCCCCAACCCUGGGAAGCAAAGCCAUGCUGCCACUUUUUGGUAAGCUGCAGGCAGGGAAGAAGCCAGUGAUUCCCCUAACCAGACCUGAUGAGGGUGAGAAAUCAGGAACAGGGAAGGGCUCUGAGGCUGAGCCAGAGGUUAUUCUGGUAGAGCCUAUAAGGGAAUUCCCCCCUCCACCGCCACCUCCUGCACCACCUGUCCAGAAGGUUGACGAGGCCCAAGAGAGCACAGUAGUGCAAGAGGAGACACAGCAAGCCACUACAGAAGCCCAGGUGCACCAAGAACCUCGGCCGUUGUUUGAACAGGAGCCUGCCAUUAUGAUGCCCCCAUACCAAGGAGAAUCGGGACAGGACCCUUCUCAAAACCCCAUGAUGGAGUCCCUCAUUCCAGAAAUGCAACAGCAGCAGCCUCCAAUGCAUGCCUACCCUGCUUACCCACCGCCCACCCUAGAGGAAGAUGGCAUGGAGGCAGAAGAGGAUGGACUGGCUCCUUUGGAGAGUCAGCCCAUUACAUUCACACCAGAGGAGAUGGAGAAAUACAGCAAGCUACAACAGGCUGCCCAGCAGCACAUCCAGCAGCAGCUUUUGGCCAAGCAGGUUAAGACAUUUCCCUCUGCCGCAGCCGCUGCAGCCGCUGCUGCAGCAGCCGCCACAUUGGCCCCAGCGCCUCCUCCGCCAGCCCUGCAGCAGAUCCACAUUCAGCAGCCCACUGUGUCUGUAGCUUCUGGCACGUCGAUCACCACAGUGCAACAUGCCAUUCUACAGCAUCAUGCCGCCACUGCUGCAGCCAUGGGCAUCCACCCAGCACAUCCCCACCACCCACACCCUGCACAUGCCCAGUUGGCCCAGGUACACCACAUUCCCCAACACCACCUUACCCCCAUCUCCCUCUCUCCUUUGGGCCCCUCCCUUGGUCAUUCUCUGGGACACUCAUUAGGACAUGCUGGGCUGAUUCCUGCACACCCAACAGCCUUCCUCUCUGGUCAGCCUAUACAUAUUAUCCCAGCUUCUGCACUUCACCACACCCCCUUAGCGCUACACCAUGUACCACAUACAGCCCUCUACCCGACACUUUUCACACCCCGCCCCUCACAGGCUGCAGCUGCAGCAGCCCUCCAACUCCAUCCACUGCUUCACCCGAUCUUCUCAGGGCAGGACCUCCAACACCCACCUAACCAUGGCUCUUGAGUAAUGAUGCAAGUGAAGGAGUUUAAUCACAGCACCCAACCACUGGAAGAAAAUUUUGACCCAACCUCUUUGGUUUAGGGUUUGAAGGUGGAAGUCUUUGCGCCAGCAUGCAGGCAGUAGGACAGGAAGCUGUCAUUAAACCACCAUUUUACUGGCCUACACAGUGCAGUAAGUUUAAACCACAAAGUGGUGCUCUCUGCAUUGGGUUCAGAAAUGACACUAACAUUUUCUUUUGGCUUAUGUGAGGUUUUUUUUUUUAUUUCCUAUUUGCCCUCAAUUUUUACAACGGGGUGUAGAUUUACAGUAACAUUCUCAAAACACUGGUUUAUAUUCCAGCUUGAGGUUUAUGAACACCACCCUUUUGUUUAUGAACGAUGACUCAAAAAAAAAACCACUGGAGGUAUUUUUUUUGGGGGGGGGGGGUCCACAUAAAAAUAUUAUUCUCAUGGUUUUUUUUUGCUCAUUUUGGCAGCCACAGAGACAUAAUUCCUGAAAAUAAAAGCAGAAUCAUGUUUGUAGAGGAAUGAAUGGUAUUUGAGAGAGAAACACCUCUGGUUCUGUAAUGUAAUCUUCAGAGAAAAGCUAUUUCUUUAUUUGUGAUAUGUUUAUGUUCUCAUAUGGCUACUUGCUCUUUAUUGGGUCCUUGGUCUAAAGUAAUUUGUAAUGCAGUAACAUGUACAUAUAUCAGUGUGUAAUGUGAAGAAUCCCACCAAUGAUGACCAUACAAAAUUACAGCUGUGGUGUCCAAAUCAGUAUGACAUUUGUCACACAAGAACCCCCUCUCUAAGUGAGGGUAAAUGUGAUCUAGGGGUUUUAACAUCCCUGAUGCUCUGAGGCAAAAGUUUAUGUUCCCUUUGGUGAGGGUACACGUGAAUGAAUUGCACUGAAAUCUGUACAUCUAGAUGGUGCGUAUGCAUCAUGUAACAAGAUUGUAGUAUACUGCAAUAAUUGUAUUUUUCUGUUUUUAAGUUAUUUUCCAAAAUGCCCUUCAAAAGAAGGGCUGUGUUUUGCUUUUGUGUAAUUUUGUAAAUAAAACUGCUGUAGAUUAACCCAUUAACAUUCUAGAGGUUUACGACUGGCAAUGGAAAAAAGUAGAAUGACAGGGUGGAUGAAAAUGGAGACAUGUAUGUAUUUUAUCAAAGUUGUUUCUAAAUUGCCCUGGCUACGAGAAGCUGGGAUGGCAAAGGAAUAGUGAUCUGUCAAACAGUAGCAACUCUGUAUUUUUUAAAGACUUACCGUUUCAGCAAAUAAAAUCUUGAGUUCA